AAUUUAUCGAAAUGUUGAGCGUGAUAUUGAGAAGAAGUGCAGCAAGAAGCAUAGCAACUAGAGGUGGUCAUGGAUGGGAUAGACCUGAUGUGCCUUUGACAAUAGGAUAUCAACAUAAACGAAGAGUAUGCAACUAUUGAAUUAUUUCAUAGAUGGAUGUAUUUGAUACAAAUUUAUGGUUUUAUUGUGGUGUGAUGCCAGAAUACUUUAUUAAUUAAAGUAAUUAAUUAAUGUGAUCUGUAGAUGAGGGCUAUUUGAAUUCAGCUCAGAAUGCCAUUAAAUUUUUGAUACUUGAUUCGAAAUAUCUAAUUGCAGCUUUUGCAGCAGCUAUUUUCACAUAUGAAGUAUUCUAUGAAGCCAGAUUCUGGAACAUCCAACCAGAUUAUUUAAAAAACCCAAUUGUAAGCUAUUCAAGAAAGGUCCAACAAGAGAGACCAUUCAUGGUUAAGCAUUUCCUAGAUUUGAGUAAGGACUAUAUGUCUAUAUGAAUAGGCAUUACAGGUGACUUGGGUAUGUAAAGAAUGGUCCCUGGUGAGAAGAGUUUUGCAACUGAACUAUUGGAGACUUAUGAGGAAUAAAAUAAACACAUUCAGCUCAUGAAUUUAGAAGGCAAGACUUACAUAGAAAGAGUUGAGGCAGAGUCUAGAUAGGCUGUUGCUAGAAGACAUGGACAAGGUGAAACUCAUCAUCAUCAUCAUUGAUAUGAAUCAUAUUAAAUAAUCAAAGGAAAAUUAUAU